UGUCCUGCAGGACAGCUGAUCUAUUUCAAACAGGAAGCUGUUUACAGAUAACACUUGCAACUGUUUUGUCUGAUUUGUUGAACUGUCGAAAAGCAAAAGACAACCUCUUCUCAAAUUAAAAACUGUCAGACUUCUGUAAACAGCAGCAAUGAGGUUCAUCUGUGCAGUGUUCCUGCAGGCACAGAGCGUCUUGCAGUUCCCAUUUUCUCAGCAACCAUAAGGAGCCAGUGACCUGUAAAUGCUCAUUAUGAAGAGAGAUCUGGUUUUCUUGGUGACUCUAAUUAGCCUUGCCUUCCUGUCACUACUAAGGUCUGGAUAUCCUCAACAUAUUGCAGAGGAGUCCUGCUCUGUUCAGAUUCUUGUUCCAGGCCUCAAAGGAGAGGCUGGAAUGAAGGGAGAGAAAGGUGCUCCAGGUCGCCCAGGCAGAGUUGGGCCUCCGGGUGAAAAAGGAGAAAUGGGAGACAAAGGACAGAAAGGCAGUAUGGGAAGACAUGGGAAAAUUGGUCCUAUUGGUUCAAAAGGUGAAAAAGGAGAUAACGGUGACAUAGGACCACCAGGUCCUAACGGUGACCCAGGCAUCCCCUGUGAGUGCAGCCAGCUAAGGAAGGCGAUUGGCGAGAUGGAUAUCCAAGUGGCCCAGCUGAUGACAGAGCUCAAAUUCAUUAAAAAUGCACUGCCCUCCCCCGCAGCUGUCGCCGGUGUGCGUGAGACAGAUAAUAAGAUCUACCUGCUGGUGAAGGAGGAGAAAAGGUACAAGGAAGCCCAACUCUACUGCCACGGAAGAGGAGGAACGCUGAGCAUGCCCAAGGAUGAGACUGCCAACAACCUGAUUGCCUCGUACAUCAACCAAGCUGGGCUCACCAGAGUUUUCAUUGGCAUUAACGACCUAGAGAAAGAAGGAAAUUUUGUCUAUUCUGACCGGUCGCCCAUGCAGACCUUCAACAAAUGGCGCAGUGGGGAGCCCAACAAUGCUUACGACGAGGAGGACUGUGUGGAGAUGGUAGCAUCUGGAGGCUGGAAUGAUGUUGCCUGUCAUAUUACCAUGUAUUUUGUGUGUGAAUUUGACAAAGAAAAUGUCUAAGCUUGUCUACUCUGUCUUAAGAAACCUUUCUUUGGUCGAUUUACACUGCGUUUGUAGAGUCCAAGUGAUAUUUUGCAAGUAUGUGGCCCCAGUGUUGUACAGCUGUAAAUACAAUUCAGGUAUUUCAAAUAUCAGUAUUUACCCUUUAGAAGGGAAGAGCGGUGAUAAGAAAUAUAGCUUGGGUUUUUCUGUUAGAAAAUAUUUGUAUUUAGAUAAAAAUGUGAUUUGAGGCUAAAUUCGGCCCUCAAAUGCAGUUGCAUUGGCUAUAAGGAAAGGCAGAAUUUGGCCUCUAGUUGUUAGAAUUGUAAUUUCUGAAGAAGUAGUAGAUUCCUGAUAUUAUUUUAGCAGAUUUUGUUAUUAGAAAUGUUAAUUGCUUUCAGUGCUACAGGGGUAUUUCAGCAGCAUGUUCUAGUUAAUGAGUACAAAUAAUAUUACUGUACAUUUUUGGGAUGAGAUGUUACAGCCUUCAUUUUUUUUGGGAAAAAAAAAACAGCCAAACCCAACAAAUUUGGAGUCCUACCAAUUUUGUAGGACUAAUAAUCCAGUUAUUAAAUUGAUGUAUACAUUCACAGGUGUAUGGCAAGGGGGCAAUUAAGUAAACUCAGUUUUAAUGCUGAAGGAUGACAGUGCUGAAAGGGACUCCAGUCAGAUGGGUGUUUUGAGGGUCACUAACAGUAAAUAUUUGGGUUUCUACAUUCAGUAGUUCAGGAUGGAUUCAGUGCAUGAAGUGUUUCAGACUGCACAUAAUUCCUUAAAUACAAAUGUGUUUCACAUUUGUAUAAGGUAGUCCUGGUAUAUCUUGUUGCAAAAUAAAACAGCAGCCCUCUGCAAUGUAGGGCAAACUUUAGAAAGAGACACCAAAGCUCAUAAAAGCAACUUAGCUAGUAGCUCAUUUUGUCAGGAAAACAGCUUAUGUGUUUCCCCAGGAUGUUAAGAAUUACACCCUGGAAAAGCAGCAAAAGUUUCCCAAUUUUUCCUCUUUAUGCAUACAGCAGUAAUAGGUAAUUUUGCACAAAUAAUUUAUGUACCCAGUUUAGCAUUGUAUGCGAUGGCAAAUGUGAUAUGUAGUUAGGAAAAACAGCAUAGACACAUGGAACUGUUUUGGUUGCAAAAGACCUUUUAAGAUCAUCAAGUCAAACCAUUCCCUAACUCUAGUCUGGUGCUAAGCCAUGUCCCUCAACACCACUUCUCUGCAUCUUUUAAACACCUCCAGGGAUGGGGAUUCAGCCAUCUCCCUAUAGGGAGCCUGUUCCAGUCUUUGAGAAGAACCAUUUCAGUCAAGAAGUUUCUUCUAAUAUCCAACUUAAACCUCCCUACACAAUUUCACAAAGGAAGAAAUUAGUUACUUAGGAUCUUCUGAGGAGCCAGUUGCAUGGUCUUGCUGUUA